AUGGAACAUUAUUCAGGGACGACUGAAGUGGGCACUAAUAUUUAUUCAACAAAAAAUCCAGUAGAUAUCGACCUCAUAUGUUUGUACGCGGUGGCAUAUUGGUACAACGAAAUAAAACUAUAUGACUUUGACAAUCCGAAAUAUUCAGAUAAAACAGGUAAUGACACAUCGUUCCUAACAGAGUUAUUAUAUUUUAGUAUUUUUGCACAAGUGCACAUAACAAUUCCUACACGUUGAUUGGUCAAAUUUGACGUAUUAAGCCGUUAUAUUCACCCACAGGUGAAUAUAACAAAACCGAAAUUUUCAAAAUGGCGGCUAGCUGUUUUGUCAAAGUUAAUACUGAUAAAGAAAUAAGAGAAAUUAAAAUAUAUAUUCAGUCCCAAAAACACAAAAGACUUGUGUAAAAAUACUAAAACAAUUAUUCGCCUCAGACUCGGUGAUUAUCGGGGGAUAUUCACCUCGACGAAUAUUCCCCGAUAUGAUCCUCGCCUUCGGCGAAUAAUUGUUAAAUAGUACAUUUGUCUUUUUGAAACCCUGAACUUUGCCCGCACUCUAUAACCAUUCCUUUAAUGUAGCUUCAUUCCUCUAUAGCUCCUCAUCCUAAUUGAUCAGGCCACCUGUUCGCAGGAAGUCACCAGUAUAUUCGAACCCGGGGCCAGCGCGUGUUUAUAUAUCGGAAAUUCAACCAAAAACAACAACACAACAUAAAUCAACAUUACUAAUAUUAAUCAAGUCUGUUUAUUAACGUUAGUCUCGGCAUAUAUAUAUAUAUAUAUAUAUAUAUAUAUAUAUAUAUAUAUAUAUAUAUAUAUAUAUAUAUAUAUAUAUAUAUAUAUUAUAAAUGUCUGGUAAUAUCUGAUAAUAUCUUAACGAAUGCCAGAAUACUUAUAUAUUCUCCACAAAAUUCACAACAGUUACAAUAAUAAUUGUUCUAAACGAAACCGUGCAUGCAUGUGUUUUACAGAUGUUCUACGACUUCAAUAGUGAAAGUGGCGAAUGUUUUCCAUAUAUUACGCCAAAAAAGCAUAAUUCUGAUUCUGGUCAGCGCGCGCGUCAACGUUUUUCUUUUUGUGAAAACCGCUUAUAGUCUCAACGAAUUUUCUUCCCUAGUCAAGAAAAUUCUGACUGAAAUUUUGACGCGAAAGUAACAUGUUAUAUAUUUAUGAAUACACAUUGGUACUCAAUUCCGUACUCAAUUGGUAUUCAAAACCGAUUUGGUUGUCAAAUCUGUAGCUCACGAAAAAAAACAUUUUGAAAAUUGUUAGGGCUAUACAAUUUCGAAUAAUUAGGAUGUGGAAAAUUCAAUAGUCGCUCCACAACUUCUUCUGAUAAUGGAUAACAGUUAUAUUCGCCUAAGGCCCCUUUACUGAAACCCCAGAGACAAACCGCAGACAGUACUAUAGUGGAAGUGUAGAACUGCAUGAUUGGUUAUCAUGUAGAACUGAUACAGCCAGCUACACUGAAACAAUCUAAUGCAUAAGUUUAGUUUGAUAUCAGUACAAUAAAAACAUACUUACUCUAAUGCAAAUUUUAUAAGAUCAAUAUUUUAUGCAUUCAUUCACUUAUUUAGGUCACUUUACGGCCAUGGUUUGGAAAGCCACUGAACAAUUUGGGUUGGGCGAAGAAGGUCAAGCCGAUGGAAAUUUUUAUGUCGUGGCAGCGUAUGACCCUAGGGGAAAUAUGGUGGGAGGAUACGCAGAAAACGUUGAAAGACCCAGUGAGUAUAUGGAGAUUUAAUUGGAAGGGAGCUUGGCGCCGCCCCUGAUAAAAAGUUGCCAAGGUGGAGUCGUUCUGUAUAGCAGGAGCAUUAGAUUAGAAUUUAUAUGUGACUUUUAUAUGAAAUUCCACGGUUGAUGAAAAUGAAAUUAAACCGCCGCUAUUUUGAAUUAAUAAUAAUAAUAAAUUAAUUACAGUUCACAGCUUAUUGAAGUCGUGUGGGAUAGUCAUGAUCCGUAUAUUAAAAAUAACUUUUAUUUUCCUAAGGGAAAGUUCAGUCAUCUUGUAUUGGAAAAGUUUUCAAUAAGGAACACUACACAUUGCUGAUGAAAUAUUUAAAAGUCGAUCCCGAGACCAACAAGUUUGUUUACAAAAGUGACGAGCCGUGUGUGCUACCACAGAAGCCCGCUAGUUCCUCAGGCAGUAAGACGGACUCAACAGAGGGUACGACUGGUACACAAGUGGGUACGACUGGUACACAAGUGGGUACGACUGGUACACAAAUGGGUAGGACUGGUACACAAGUAGGUACGACUGGUACACAAAUGGGCAAAACAGGCGGUGAAGAAGGAAGGAUUUUUGUUUUAAAAUACUACUGUAGUAUAGUCACAGGCGCCAUUAUUUUUGGGUUUAUGGACAAGUUUCCGUUCGCUAUUCACUAAAAAUCAGUGUAAUGUCAAAACAUGUUUUGAUCGAUGAUUUUUUAAAUAUGCAACGUUCAAAAAAGCAGAUCUAGAUGACACGGAAAUUAUGUUGUGUUUAUUAUUCUGUUUGGAUGUCUAAUGCGUUCUAAUCGUAUACUUCACGUUGCCAAAUAGACGUGAAACAGUGGACUUAUAGCAUAACCGUACCAGGGACCCCUGGUUACUUAUCCGCACAAAACAUACUCAGGGGCGUGGCGACUGGGGAGGGGCUUGGGGGGGGGGGGUGCGACCCCCUCAAUAAUUCUGAACUUUGAAAAGUUGGUCAAAAUGUUUUCUUAAUCAAAGGAAUUAUUUAAAUAUUAAAGGAAAUAUUAUAUUUUUGGUCAAAAUAUAUUGAGGAAAUACUACUGACAGCUGACAGCUGUAAAAUAAUUUCAAAUCUUUAUAAAAAUCGAUAACGCCGAUUACAAUUACGUAUAUACUGCAAUGAAGUACAGCAAUUUUCAGACCACUGACCAUUGGAGCUGAAGGCUCAAAUUUUGCGAUAAUUCUAUAUGAUUCGUUUCAUGAAUUAUUGAUUCAGUGCAUUAGUUUUGUAAUAUACAUAAGGGUAAUUUCCAUAAUUGUCAAUUUUUAUUGAGAUGCUACGGGAAAUACAACCGAUUUCGUUUGACCGUGAAACAACAUGCGUUCGCAAAGCACGUUGAGCUGUUCAAAAUUGACCGUUUCUAGGGUCAAAUGACAAUGUUUCUAAGGGGCGGGAUUACACUUGUAUUUAUAGAAAUGUGUCAGAUAAACAAGAAAGGGCGUUACUUUCAAAAUGGAAAGCCCAUUUCGCCAAACAGAAGAUGUAUUAAUAUUACAGACGAAUCAAAUUGCCGAUUACGGCCUGUCGUUUAACCCCCAAUAAGGAAGUAAAACUGUACAACUCAAGGACGAAAAAGUUGGUCAUUUUCAUUGAAACAGCGGGUCAUUAUGGUAUGACGCCCCCCCCCCCAAUCUGGAAUCGUUCGCCACGCUCCUGAUACUUAGCUAGUUGGUUAAUUUAAACCAGGAUCAGUCCUGGUCAAAUACAAUCAAAUUCCUGGUUACAUUAAUUAAUCAAACUAUCAUGGAAGGAACUGAGACGCCUUGCUUGCUGAGCAGCAUUAAGCUCGCUGAAAAUCAUCGCAAUGAACUCAUUUUAUAUUACUGAUAUAUGAAUAUGCCUGACUGUGUAAGGCAGAGUCCAAAAACGUCAUCCCAAAAUAAGCUGGCGGCCCUACUGAUGUUUGUGAUCUCAGGAAGUUUAUAAUAUAUGGGUAUUUGCAUGAAUUACAGUUCUCCAUCGGUGUCCGUUUUUCAUUAAGCCUAGUUCUCAUUCAUCGCAAACCGUCGGCGAUGGGAGCUUUGCGACGUCGGCGACCGCUUGCCAUUUAUGAGAACGCAUCAAAAAUUAUAUCGCCGAUUGUCCGUAAUCGUCGCCGACCAUCGACGAUGACAUCGCAGGAAACAAAAAAGUUUGUUUCUGGCGACCAUCGCCGACUGCCACCUGCUUGAAAAAUCUAUGAGAAAUGAGUAAAAGUUGUUUUUUCCUCAACAAGCAAGGAAAUAAUCAACUGAAGUUUGACAGAAAUCGUGAGCUUUACGUUGAAUGGGGCCAUUUUGUGCCUUGGUGGGAAAUUUCGAAACACAUCGGCUGUCAUCUGCGACGAUCACCGAUAUAUGAGAACUUUCGUGCAUUCGCGCUCGGUGAGUAUCGGCGAUAAGCGUCGCCGAUCGUCGGUGACAGUUUGCGAUGAAUGAGAACUAGGCUUUAGGGAGUUUAAGAUGCCAACAACGAACAACGGGUACGGAGUACGGUUGAAAGCUUGUUUUCGCAUUGCUUUAGCAGAGGCAGACAAAAUUUAAAUAUCCCCAGAGCAUACUUUUCACCGUAGCGACCUUGGCUACAGCGUGAAAAUCAUGCACAUUAAUUCUUGUGUUGUAAAACAGAAUCAAGAACACAGCACCGAAAAUGGCGACGCAACGUUGCAGGUUGGAAAGUUUAAUAUAAACAAAUGAUGAAAAAAAAAAUUAUAAGAUGAAACUUACCGCAAAGCUAUGGACAUAAAACAUAUUUGGGAUAAUUUUUUAUGACAAGCAUUUAGUAUUUGCAUAUACAUAUAACAAAAACUAUUUCAAACGUAGUCGGUAGUUCGUCGUCAAGAUCUUAAACUCCCUAUUAUAUGUUCGCUUCGCCCGCGCGUGAUGGGCGAGCAUUUUUAAACAUACAUACACUGUAACUGUCCAGCUUGACACUUUUCAGUCAGUUUUAGUCUCAUAAUAGGACUAUUACAUUCAACUUCCUUGGUGUUCACGCGCGACUAAAUCAUACUCCUGACUUGUAUAAAGCGACCGUAAUGGCAAACGGUCUAAAAGCAGCACUUCAUGGUGUUGAUUAUUUCUGUUAAAAUAUUUUCCUUUAGGAGCAGUAAGAGAAACCCCAAAUGAAAUAAUGGUUGUGCCGGUGAGCGAGCCCGUGGCGGCAGCGCAUGAAGGCCCUGAAAUAAUCGUAGGCCCACCCGAGGGUGUACCUCAGACUGUCCCUAAAGUCAUCGUUAUCCCCGCAACUCAACUUCAAGUUGCACAAAAGUUACCCGAUGGAAAUGGCGCAAGACCUCAAACUACCACUCCGUUACCUAUGAGAGUCAGUUCUACUAUAUCCAUCGUACCUUUAAAUAGCACUGUGCAUCCAUCAUCCUCCUUUGUCUCCCCUACUGUCUCCUUGUCCACUUCUCUCUCUACUAAUUAA